AUGCAGGGGAAAUUCCCCACCUUUAUUCUGGUUGCAGCUGGACUAUUGGAUUUAGCUGGUGCCUCCUGGAGUGAGCAUCAUGUCAGUGAAGCUUUCGGCCUGAGCUUUCCCGGAGAAGCCCAACCACGAGCUGAGAGCAUCCCAGUGUCCAGCAAAGUGUUUUCCACUACAGAAGGUAACUCAGAUGAGGCAACUUUCGAUUUUCAGAGUCCAGCAGCUGAGCCCACCGAUGAAGUGACAUCUGACUUCAUCCCUGUCCAUGCAGAGCCAGCUGCAAGAAGAGCAGAUGCACUGUCCAAGGAGCUGGUUAGAAACUUAGGGGAGCCUGAGAAACCACACACAGAAGCAGCAGCUUCAGAACUCCGGGAUGGACACGCAUUUCCUAGCAAGCUCUUGAGUAGCACAAGCAUCCAGGUCUCCACGCAAGGCCCACAGGCUACCCCACAUCUGGAACAGCCAGACAGGUCACUGCAAGGAAAACCAGGAAAUACUACAGAAGCUGCUUGCAACCCUACCAGCUCUAGCAGUGGGCUCCCCCAGCCCUUUCUCAGUGGGCAGACACAUGAAGACUCUCCGGAGAUUAAAGCUCCCUCUUCCAUUCGUGUUACACAGCAGAUGGAGGUGCCAAGUCCUAAACCAUCUCUUCUGACUUCAACAGUAAAUGUGUAUCCUCCGAGAAAAGAAAUGGCAACGUCCCCAUUUCCCACAGGAGUUAAGAUUGCUCUUGAAAGUGCGAGGGUGCACUGGUUACCAACAGGAACUCCUCCCACCAGCAAAAGGCCAAGAGACACAAAUCCACAAGCCCAGCCUGACAGCAAAGCUGGUGUGACACCUGCACACCUGAAGACUCAGAGUGUGAAUGCUGAAGCUACAACUUCCUCAUCCCUACAAAAGCCAGGUUCGGGAGAGCUUGAUGCAGUCUAUUCCAGAAUGACACAGACACGUGCUGUUCAGUUUCCCCCUAUUUUAUCUCUGAGGCAAGAAACAGCAGGUAGUAAAGCCAGAAACUCAACAACAGCUGUAAUAAAUGCUUCUGGUCACCCAACCCAGUUGCCUGCUCUUCAGACACAAGGCACCGUAUCUUCUUCAUUACUGGUGCACCUGGAAGCUCUAGCUCAUGAUGACUUACUUCCAUCUCCGUUUCAAGGGUCCAUUAGCACAACUGAUAGACAACAGCCUCACUCUUUGUCCCUGACUCUCAACUGCACUAAACAUGUUUCCCAAAAACCCAACAGGAGCUCUCAAGAAAUUGCAGUUCCAGUGUUGCAAAGACAAACUGAUCAGCAGCCUGUGACAAGUAAACCUGAACAACCCAGAUCCCCUGAGAGCCCACAGGCUUCUGUGAAUUCAUUCUCAUUAAGUCAGUCAUGGAUUUCCACAUUAAAGCUUUCCCAAACUACCAAAGAGCCAAAAGUAAUAACAUCUACACCCUUUCCAGGUACACCUACCUUUGCUAAUACAGCCCUUCAACCUGUGAGCACUUCCAAUGCUGUUCAUGCAGGACUUCAGCCGCCUCGUACAUCUUUUCCUACUUACGCUGCAUUGCAGCUAAUGGGCAUACCCCGCUCUGCUGAGAAAGAACUCCACAGAACAACUUCAUCCAUGUCUACUGGUUCUGGGCCUCAGCUUCAAGGCGUUUCUGCCCAUCCUCUAUCUCAGGAAGCCUUCCCUGUGAUGCUGCAGAUGAGCACAGUGGAAGACUCCAAAAGAAAGGAAAGUCUCUCACUGCAGCUAGGUAAAACUGGUUCUCCCCCAGGGACACAAGCCAUCCCAGUCCCCAGUCCAUCUGGACUGCAUGACAACAGGAACCACAAAGCUGUUCCUCACAGCUUUGCCCCUCCAGCUUCCCAGAUCCAGCAAGCUGGCAGCGUGGCACCUUUUGCUUCAGAACUGUCCUCGCUCUAUGCACAGGGAGGCCAGUCCAAAACAACAACAGCCAAUCCUGAACCAGUGGUGCCAAGUGUUCCUGGUGAGAUCCCAGCAUAUCUGGCACAAGCAGCAGCAGUGCAGCAGUCCAACAUGCCACAUAAUGCAGCUACCAAAAACCUCAGUGCUUUUAGAGAUGAUCAACUCAGAAUGCUACCAUCAUCCCCAUACUUGUCUUUUCUGCUUAAAAGCAGUAAUGGCAUGAUAUGCCUUCAGCCCAUGCAAGAUUCCCCUUUACCUACACAACUCCCAAAUGCUAGUGUGGGGGGUCUGCUUUCCAUUCAGCAAAUCCUGGCAGCAUCAAAUUCUUCAGUGCUGAACCUUGCAAACUUACAAUAUCUGAGUCCUUCUAGCUUAAUUCUAGUUAAGCCUGUAUUUAUCCUUUUGCCCACUGACAGACCAGAUUUUCAGCUGGUGCCCUCUCCUGAGGGUGAAGAUGGCCACAAACCUGCCCUCUUGUUCACAAACAAGCAAGAUGUGAGUUUGGGUACUCCUGAAAGCAGCCAUGAUAUCCCAAUGAAAACUAGUUCUUCUUAUCCCACUAGUAAGCUUUUGAGGCCUGAAACUAAUCUCUUCACUCCAUCUAGCCAACAAAGAGAGAAAACAAAAGUAACUUCUCAGCCAGCACUAAUUUAUCCUAAUUAUACAACCACCACUACUUUGUUUCAAGCUGUUACCUCAGCAUCAAAUCAUCUGCUUGACCCACAGAUGAGGGGUAGCACUACAGUGCAGGCCACACAUCCACACAGGCUGCCUGGAGAAACACAGGUACCUGUUCUCAGUGCCCAGGCAACCAAGGCAACUGAUUUGCUUUUACAUAAGGGUAAGUUAGCAGAGCCUUUCACCUCCACUGCACCACCAGUAGUUGUGUCCGCACAGCAUAGACCCCAUAUUUCCCCUGAAGUAUUUUUCACAGCUGAAAAGCCACAUUCUUCUUCUGCAAUUGCUUUACUGUCAGCAAAGGGACACCCUGGUUUUCAAACACUUGCCCAACCUCCCUUUACUGUUACAAGGACUGUAGGUCAGGUUCAGCCCAGUAAGAAACCACUGCUGCAAACCGCUGGCCAUCACCAAGGCUUAGUGACCACAUCUUCCUCUGUCCAUCCACAGUGCUUGGAGUGUUUGCCCUUGCACUCAGCUCGAGCCACGAAGAACCCAUUAAAGGUGUCUACAGGCAUCAUGCCUUUGCAGUCUAUGUUGCAAAGCCUCCUAAGUACUGAGUCACUCCAAGGGCUUCCAUCACAAGCUCAGUUUCCACCCAGCACAUCGUCAGCUCCCUCAACACUUCCAGCUGGGAAUGGUCCCAGAGGUUCAGCAGUGGGCAGCACUUCAGGAGGAGUCACUGUGCAUACCGAAGCAGCACAAACCCACACCACUUCUGUACAACCUGACCUUCCUAAACCUUUGGCAUUUACUCCCAUUGUGCCUAAGCACUUUGUAAUGACAGAGAGACCACCAAUGGCACCAGAGCAUACCCCAUUUUCAACAAAGCUACAAACAAAACCAACAUUUUCUGGGAAACUUCUGGCUACGAUUACCCACCCAAGGAUGUAUGCCAGCCCUCCUGCAAGCCCUCCUUCACCUGUGUCUGCAUAUGCUCCCCUGCUAUCAGCCAUGAAAAGUGACCACAUCCAUCAGGCCCCUGCUAAAUUGGCCAACACAGGAGAAAAUACAAAGCCAACAGAAAUCACCACACAUGCAAGAAAAAUAGGAACUGGUAAAUUCUUGGGAACAAGUGUGUCUCCGUCAGCCACGUUUAACACAAGGGCACAGCAACUCCCCACAGCAGUUCUUGGGAAUAAGGUAGUUUUAACUCCGGUGCAACCAUCUGUAUCUGCAGGAUUUACUACUGCUCUUAAGAGACAGCCUGAAUUGACACAGACCACAUCACAGCCUCCAUUAGCAGUGACUUCUCUCUCUGUGUCUAAGGGUGAUUAUAGCACCUCUUCACUUGUGAACAAAACAGUGAUUCACCUGCCAACAUCAACUAUCCAAUCUGAUCCAAUCAUGGUGCUGCCUACAAUUGCCAGAGUGAACAAAUCAGCUGUGGUCUCUACAUCAAUGGGGAAGGGUGAGGAUAUGUUAGUGAAAGGACAUGCAGUCACCACUAGUCAGCUGCCCACUCAGGCACCCUUGUCCUCAUCACAUAAGGCAUCACCACAACACCCUUUGGAGAAGGUAUCACUGGAAGAUAACACUGAGCAUGAGAUUGGUCAUCCCAGCACUGGGUCAUCUACAACAAAAGUAUUUCCUGUCUCUGCUGAUAAGCUUGUGAACACUGUUAUUAACCAGUCAGCUGUCUUUGGUCAAGUAACUGAUGCUGCUGCUGAGAUGCUUCUAGACAGAGAUCUAACCCAGUUGCUUCCAACCCCAGAGAACCCCUCAUAUUCUUCACAGGGUUUGGUAGCAAACACUGAACAAUCUGAGAGGUUGUUUUUGAACACAGACUCAGAGGAGAUGUUCAGAACAACUGAAGUAACAGAAGAAGCAGCUGAAGGUUUAGUAACUGUUCUAACACUGCUGCAUCCAGAGCCCCCUGCACUGCUGAGUGACUCACACCAGAGGAGUGUUCUGCAGCCAGAUGCCACUGUUUUGAAUGGCCUUGCAGUUGUGAGUGAUGAUGUCUGCGGCUCCGGGAACUACACUGUGCAGAUGAGCUUGCACCCUGUUGCAGAAGCAGGCCCUGAAGAUGCGUCGGUGCCUUCCCAAGAGACUUUCCUGGCUUUAAUCACUGUGCAGAGUAACAGCAGCCAGCCCGUGCUCCAGAUCCGGUCAUGCUGUGUGACUCCUUCCACCAGCCCAAGAGGACCAGGUGCAAUCUGCUGCUUGUUCCACAGGUUGCCAUUUGAAUGCAGACACAUCCAAUUACAACAGAGCAGUAAAUCCAGAGCUGCUAGCUUCACCAUCCAGCUGUUCCAGAUGCUGAAUCACUCAGUGGCCUAUUUGCACUGUGAGCUUAAUGUGUGUCUGCAUGGCAUGGGAUGUGAAGAGGACUGCUUUGGAAGUGUGGAGCCGCUUCUGCAGCCAAGUGACAGGAACAGCUAUGGAAACCUGCACAACCUGAUCUCAUUGGGCCCUGUUUUGCAAGUGAAGGACAGGUUUCUAUAUGAACCUGUGGAAGGACCUGAUUCUGCAAUGCUGGUACCCAUCCUGCUGGGAUCCCUUACUGGCUUUGCUGUCUUGGGCAGUGCUUUCAUAAGCCUUUGGCUGCAUCAUAGACAGAAAACCAAACACGUACACUAUGCAGAGUUUGGAGAAGUCCAUGGCUUGUGA